GUAGGCUACACUCAGGUGAGAGUCUGACACACAUUCUUGCUGUCACAAUAUAUCAAGAGCUGUUCCUCUCCUCUCCACUUGUGUGUGGGAGGAGCCUCUGGAUCUCUGCCACUACAGCAGCCUAGAGUUGUUCACUACCACGAAGAACCGGUCCAUCUGGGCCUGCAAACACAGCGAAAACUGACCCCCGCGGCUUUGCGCUUGUGUUGUUUUCGACCUUUGAUUGUCAGCUGGAGGAACCGGAGCCGGAACAGAUGGAGGCGGAUCCAAGAGCGAAAUAGAUCGCUGUGUUACGGGGAGUGACCGUGAUGAUGGCGUCCCACGGUAACACCGGCAGCGCCUCCAGUCCAAUGGUCAUGCUCGCCCCCAAAACCAAGACCAAAAAGAAACAUUUCGUGCAGCAGAAGGUCAAAGUGUUCCGGGCGAGCGACCCGAUGCUCAGCGUGCUCAUGUGGGGCGUUAAUCAUUCGGUAAAUGACUUGAAUCAAGUUCCAGUGCCUGUAAUGCUACUUCCUGACGACUUCAAAGCCAACACCAAAAUUAAAGUGAACAACCAUCUCUUCAACAAAGAGAAUCUUCCAGGCCAUUUUAAAUUUAAGGAGUACUGUCCGCAAGUCUUCAGGAACCUCAGGGAGCGAUUUGGAAUUGAAGAUCUUGACUAUCAGGUGUCCCUGGCUCGCAGUGCUCCCAUGAGAGGCGAUGGACAUGGAGAAGGGCUUCUCUUCACGUCCUAUGACCGUACACUGAUAGUAAAGCAGAUCUCCAGUGAAGAAGUAGCUGAUAUGCAUAACAUUCUGUCAGAGUAUCACCAGCAUAUAGUAAAGUGUCAUGGCAGUACACUCCUCCCUCAGUUUCUGGGCAUGUACCGGGUUACGGUGGAGAGCGAGGACACGUACCUGAUCGUCAUGAGGAACAUGUUCAGCCACAGACUCGUAGUCCACAGGAAAUACGACCUGAAGGGUUCUCUGGUAGAUCGUGAGGCCAGUGACAAAGAGAAGGUGAAAGAUCUGCCGACUUUUAAAGACAUGGAUUUCAGAAAUAACAUGCAGAAGGUGUACGUCACAGAAGAGCAGAAAGAGAAGAUUAUGGAGAAACUAAACCGAGAUGUAGAGUUCCUGGUGAAGCUGAAGAUUAUGGAUUACAGCCUGUUGUUAGGCAUCCAUGACGUGGCACGUGGCGAGCGGGAGGACGAGGAGGCCGAGGAGCCCAGCUGUGAAGAUGAUACUGAUCCUGAGAACGGCCUUGCUCCGGCCGCACAGGUGGGCUCGUACGGCACGUCGCCAGAGGGCAUCGCCGGUUACAUGAACUCCUUCAAACCCCUGGGACCUGGAGAAUUUGACCCUUACAUUGAUGUAUACGCUGUCAAGAGCGCCCAAGGAGCGCCGCAGAGGGAGGUGUAUUUCAUGGGCCUCAUUGACGUGUUGACGCAGUACGACACUAAGAAGAAAGCUGCCCACGCAGCGAAGACCGUUAAACAUGGCGCUGGUGCUGAGAUAUCUACGGUUCAUCCAGAGCAGUAUGCCAAACGAUUCCGUGAAUUCAUCUCCAACAUUUUUGCGUAACCACUUCUGGGGGUCUUUGGCGACACUUCAAGGUCACGUUUCACCCCAAAAUUAAACUAAAAAAAUAAUAAUAAUUAUAUUUUGUGUAAAGAAAUUAGGUCUGUUUUUAGGGCCGUUAAGUUAUUUUUCAUUGUGACAUUUUUAUGACAAUAAAACACAUUUGCCCCAUUAUUGUAAUAUGUCCAGAUGGUUCUAAUUGCAAUAAUACAGUAAUUGUUUUAAUAAAAUUCAAUGUUUGUAGACACACACAAUUUAUUAAUUUUAUUUUAAAGUACUGUAUUAUUGAUUGUGAAAUUGAAGUAUUUCUUAUUUUAGAUUUUUUGUAUUUCAUAUAUUAGGUAUAUACUGUACAGACAAUAAUUACUUAAUACAGUAAUUCUUUAAAUAAAAUUAAUUUAAAAUAUUAGGUUAUUAAUAUUUAUGUAGCAAAAGGAAUUUUCUUAUUUUAGAUUAGAUACAGUUGUAUAUUGUUUGUGUGUGUAUGUAUAUUCUAUUAUAUUUUGUAUAUGCAUAUAUAUUUGUUUGAAUUAUGAGAAUUUAGAGGGGAAAUGUGUUUUAUCAUAAAAAUAAACUCUGAAGUAAAAAAAUCUUAAUGGUGUUUAAUAGGCUUAAUUUUUUGAAAGCAAAAUAUAAUAUUUUAUUUUUUUAAUCCUACGGUGACAUAUGCACCAUUCUUCCCAGAUUUGUCAGAUUCACUCAACAUGUUUUUAAAAUGUCUAUCUACUGCCAUCAAAUAUGUUGAUUUUUUAUUUUUUUUAUUUUAUCUCAUAUUUUAAUUAAUUUCCAUAACAUAUUUAAGCAUGACAUGUUGACAUGUCUCAUCCACACUACAGCUACAUUCUUUAAGGGUGUAUUCACAAAUGAAUAACACUAGAUUCACAUGAAUCAAUUUGUGGCAUAACCUACAAACAUGGGAACAUUAAUCUGUUAAGGAGAUAUAACUCCAAACCUGUAGCAGUGACAGAAUUUGUUCUUGGUGUGUUCUCUCUUUUUCUUUGUACUUUGGCUUGGCAAAGAGAGAAACUGUCGCCUUAACCAUUUAUGGAGAAAUAACAGAGUCAAGUUGAUGCUUUUAAGUGCAUGCUAGCUUUAUUUAAUAUAUGCAGCAUUAGAAUGUUGUGAGGAGGAUAAGAUACUUGUAAAAAAAAACACACAAACAAAUUGACCAGCCGGUGACCUUAAGUGUACAUUAAGUGUGUAGAUUAAUGUUGUGAAUUGAAUGCUGACUGUUUAUAUGGAUGGUUGGAGCACACGCUCUUUUUUUGUCUUAUUUGAGCUAUUUUAUGCAGUUAGCCUUGAUGCAGAAAAGAGGAAUUUUGUAGUUUGUAGUAGAAAUACUUUAGCAACACUGAGCUGAUUUAGUAUGAAAUGCCUUAUUGUUGCAUUUUAUUUA